AUGAAAUUGCUGGCGCUUUUGGCCGUGCUGUUCCUGGUGUCGGCGCAGGUGUUCGCGGAGGAGCUGGGAGAGCCCGACGAGCUAAACUAUUGGGCGGACUGGUCCGACGCCGAGCAAAACAAGGAGCCAUUGGCCUUACCCUUCGAGCAUUUUCUCCAGAGAAUUGCCAGGCGACCAAGACCUCAACAGUUCUAUGGCUUGAUGGGCAAACGGGAUGCUGGAUAUGGCCCUCUCUCCCAUAAAAGACAUAAAACAGAGUCAUUUGUUGGACUUAUGGGCAAAUGA